UGGAAGCGUCGUGAUGGCGUCUGCCACAUGGAGUGCAACAACAUGUUGGAUGACUUUGACGACGGUGACUGCUGUGACCCGCGGGCCACCGAUGUGACCAGGACCUGCUUCGACCCUGACUCGCCCCCGCGGGCAUACAUGAGUGUGAAGGAGCUGAAGGAGGCACUACAGCUGAACAGCACCCACUUCCUCAAUGUUUACUUCGCCAGCUCAGUGAGGGAAGAGUUGGCUGGUGCUGCCACUUGGCCGUGGGAUAAAGAGGCCCUUAGUCACCUGGGUGGAGUUGUCCUCAACCCUGCUUAUUACGGUAUGCACGGCCACACGAACACCAUGAUCCACGAAGUGGGACACGUCCUGGGGCUGUACCAUGUCUUUAAGGGAGUGAGCGAGCGGGAAUCUUGUGACGAUCCCUGCAGGGAGACAACUCCAUCUAUGGAGACGGGAGACCUCUGUGCCGACACUGCCCCCACCCCAAAGAGUAAACUCUGUCGGGAUCCAGACCCUACCAACGACACCUGCGGCCAGACACAUUUCACAGGAACACCGUUCAACAACUACAUGAGUUACACAGAUGAUGACUGCACCAACACCUUCACCCCCAACCAAGUGGCCCGGAUGCAUUGCUACCUGGACCUGGUGUACCAGCGCUGGGGCCAGAGCAAGAAGCCCGCGCCCAUCCCAAUCCCUCCCAUGGUCACGGGGCAGACGCAGGACUCCCUCAGCAUCUACUGGCUGCCCCCCAUUAGCGGUGUCAUUCAUGAGAGGGAGCAGGACACGCUCUGUGACGACUGUGCAGAGGAUGGCACUUUCCAUCAGUAUGUGCACGAGGCCUCUUCCCCUCGGGUCUGCGACUCCUCUGGCUACUGGACCCCAGAAGAAGCAGAAGGGCCCCCGGAUGUGGAUCAGCCCUGUGAGCCCAGCCUGCAGGCCUGGAGUCCGGAGCUCCACCUGUACCACAUGAACAUGACGGUGCCAUGUCCCCAGCCAGACGGCUGCAUCCUGGAGCUGCGCUUCCUGCACCCUGUCUAUCCCGAUUCCCUCACCCUCUGGACCACGUACCUCUCCACGGGCUCUCCCAAGGCACUAUCUGACAUCGAAGUCCUGACAGAGCAGGGGGAGUCCAUUCAUUUGGGGCCCCUGGACACCUUCUGUGAUGUCCCCUUUACUGUGAAGCUCAACAUACCUAAAAAGGUGUCCGGAGUCAAAAUCUACACCUUUGACGAGAGGAUGGAGAUAGACACGGCUCUGCUGACCUCCAUGCCCCACAGCUCUCUCUGUUCCGCCUGCAAGCUGAUCCAGUACCGAGUCCUCCGCGACCCCCCGUUUGCAAACGGAUCCCCCACCGCCCCGCCACAGGCACACCGCCAGUUCAUCGACACGGAAGUCAUGUCCGGGCAGGUGUACCGCUACCAGGUGCAGGCAGUCUCUGGGACAACCUCAGGAGAAGCCUCCCCACCGCUUGUCCAUGUCCACGGAGCGCCCUACUGCGGGGAUGGGAAGGUGACCACGAGCCUGGAGGAGGAAUGUGAUGAUGGGGACUUGCUGGAUGGAGAUGGCUGUUCCAGGAAAUGUAAAAAGGAAAAAGGCUUCAACUGUGUCGGGGAACCAAGCCUGUGCUACGUGCAUGAUGGUGACGGCGUGUGUGAGCCGUUUGAGAAGACAAGCAGUGUCCUGGACUGUGGUCUCUACACGCCGGAUGGCUACGUGGAUCUGUGGGCAGUGAAAGCCUAUGCUUCCCAUCAUGAUGCAAAGUCCUGCCCUGCUUCCUUGGUCACUGGAGAGCCUGUUGUGAAGGUAUGUAAAUCCCACCUUCACAAUGUGCCAAAGGACCUUUCCCUGGCUGCUUGGUUCCCCUGCACUCUCAGCCAAGACAAUGCUCAGGAUCCAGAUGAGGAGAGGAAGCCCUUGGGCGAUGAGGGAGUUUGGCUCAAGGUGUGCUUUGAGAGACCCGUGGUGCCCACCUCCCUCCUGGUCUUCCUGGCCUCGGACGGCACCAUCCCAAGCAACCAGCGCAAGCCGAGGGUGACUGUCCAACUGACCAACGUAAAAAAAAAGGGGAUGUACGAGCUGUCAUGCCAGCACAACCCACUUGUCAUCAACGUGACCCACAGCCAGGAGGACCCAUCCCACUGGGCUGCUUCGGUGCUGUUCAACUUCUCCUCCACACUCGUGGGCAUCUCAGCCGUGGCCUUGCGGACAUCAGCUCAGCAUGACUCUGACCCGAUCACCUGCCUUCUACAACACGAGGAGGGACGUGGCCACCAGCCCUACAGUUGCAUCCAUGGUGCCUGUGUGGGAUCAGGAAGCUGCACGCGGCCACUGCUUGCUCAUGCUGCUGCUCUCAACUGCACCUCCGAUGGCCUGAGGCACAUGGCGUGCACUGUUGCCUGUGAGAAGGGCUUCGUCCUCCGCUCCAGCAAUGGGAAGAGCCUGGGCUCCGUGCAGCAGGAGGUGGUGCUGACAUGCAGCUCAGGGCGGUGGGACAGAUCUGUGACUUGUGACCCUGUUGACUGCGGUGUCCCUGACCAGUCCCAUGUGUACUACGCUGAGUUCUCCUGCCCCAAGGGGACUAGCUACCUGCAGAGAUGUUCCUUCUCCUGCAUCCACCCAGCCAAGCUUCAAGGAACAAACCAGUGGCUGACCUGCCUGGAGGACGGUCUCUGGUCGCUCCCCGAAGCCUACUGCAAGCUGGAGUGCGAUGCACCUCCUGCAGUGGCCAACGCCAAGCUCCUGGUCCCACGGUGCCUGCAGGGGAACCACGACGUGGGCUCGGUCUGCCGCUACAAGUGCAAGCCUGGAUACCACGUGGCUGAGAACGCAGCGGGCAAGGCUAAGAAGAAGUUCCUGAAGGUGCAGUGCCUGGAGAGCGGGCAGUGGGAAGAGGGGCACUGCAUCCCUGUGGUGUGCGAGCCUCCCCCUCCUGUCUUCGAGGGCAUGUACAACUGCACCCAGGGCUUCGAGCUGGACAGCCAGUGCGUCCUCAACUGCGAGCCGCAGGGACAACAGGUUCCCAUCGUCUGCACCAAGGAGGGCUUAUGGACAGAGGAGUUCAAACUGUGCGAGAGUUUACGGGGCACGUGCCCACCACCCCCGGAGCUGAAUUUUGUGGAGUACAAGUGCGAACAGGGGCACGGCAUAGGUGCUGUGUGCGUACCUUCCUGUAUCAUACCUCCCAGUGACCCUGUCAUACUGCCCGAAAACAUAACUGCUGAGACGAUGGAUCACCGUCUGCAGCCCACCAGAGUCCAGCAUAUUGUGUGCACGGGCAGGCUGCGGUGGUAUCCAGACCCUUCCGUCAUUCACUGCAUCCAGUCGUGCGAGCCCUUCCAAGCAGACGGCUGGUGUGACACCAUCAACAACCGGGCAUACUGCCAGUAUGACGGGGGUGACUGCUGCUCCUCCACACUGUCCUCCAGGAAGGUGAUCCCGUUUGCUGCUGACUGUGACCAGGACGAAUGCACGUGCCGCGACCCGGCGGCCGAGGAGAACCAGUAG